GCUCACAUCUCCCUGAGAGAGGAUAUAAAACCUGACACUUCUUCACCCCGAAACAAAUUCACCAAACGGACAGCGCUCUGCCACUGACCUCAGCAGUCCUCUCACCAUACGAACCUCACCAUAACUCUGAGGAUGAGCCUUGUGUGGUUCAUGCUGUGUUCAGGAUUUGUUCACUUUACAUUUUCAACAAAUCGACUCCGCAUCUUCAACUUUACUGGAACACCCGGAAAAAACUGGAGUGACUCAUUACAAGAAUGUAAAAUGGAUCCAUCUGCAUCUCUUGUGACUCUGUAUGAUGAAGAGGACUUUACUUUUGUAAUAAAUUUUCUGACUGAUAUUGGUCAUGACAAGACAGCCUGGUUUGGUCUGCAUAAACAUAAACAACCACACCGUGUUGCCACCUGGUCAAAUGGUGAACCAUUCAAAUGCAAUCAUUCAAAUGUGAACCUAGCAAAUGGGACGCAAAGAUGUGGAGCCAUUGAAAAUAAGACAUGGGCAGAUUUUAACUGUUCAGACCAACUCAGUUUCAUGUGCUACAAGGAUGAUGUUUUCACUCUGAUUGAGAAUGAGAACAGGAACUGGUGUGAGGCACUGCAGUACUGCAGAAGACACUACACUGACUUAGUCACCAUCUCUAAUGAAACACAACACCAACAAGUGAUCGACAAAGGAAAGAACGACACCUUCUGGAUUGGACUCAUGUAUGAUGAAUGGAAGUGGGCGGACAACAGCUGCUCAACAUUCAGAACAUGGGGUAAAGACCUCAAGGAAUCAUCUGAGUGCGCGAUUCUGAGCCACUCAGGAUCUUCAAUGAUUGAACGUGCAUGUGAUGAACGAUCACACACACUUUGCUCCAAAGGCUAUGUAAGAAUCAAAGCCAUCAAUGAAAGUCGAACUUGGGAAAAGGCCUAUGACUACUGUGAGAAAAAUCACUCAGGUAUGCUGCGGAUUAUGAAUAAAGAAGAUCAGGAGGCUGUCGCACAGUGGUUAAAUCACACAGCUAAUGUCAGUGGUCCAUUCUGGAUCGGUGUGAGGCAGAGUCGGGUCUUUGGGUUCUGGAUUUGGAGCAACAGCACAGUGACCUACAACAACUGGGAGAAUGGCAGACAGCCUGAGCCUGAGCGGCAUCUGUCUGACCACUGCGGUGUCAUCAACAAGACAGACUUCACCUGGAGGGAGGAAGACUGUUGGCACCAGCACCCUUUCCUUUGUGAGGAGGAGAUUUUAUUAAUGGAUUAAUAAUCUAUAGUUAUAAAGCUUUUUGGUGAAUUAGAUUUUAAUGUGAGGUUGAUGCCUGAUCAUGGAGAUGAAACCCAGCAACAGAAUCCUUCAGAUCGUCUUUUACUCCUCUGAUUCUUAACAGAAUUCAAUUUACAAAAUAAUCAGACAAUUAUGAAGAUUAUUGAACUUAAAGUUAUUGAAUGAGGUCAAUCAUAUUAAUCCCCAAUCAGAAAGAAAGAAAAAAGAAAGUCUGUACAUCUGUUUUUAUAAAAUUCCUCUUCGGCCUCUGAGAUAAUGUAAAUAUCUGCUUUUCUAUUUACAUGCAUAACUUUAACCCAGUGCCUUUGGGUGUUGGAUAUAGCUCCAAAAUUACAUGAUUGUUCACAUUCAUAAUUUAAUCUUUAAGGUGUGUAUGUAACGUGAUACUGUGUUUGGUGUAAAGUUAAAAUCCAGUUUCUGAGUAAAUGUACUUCCAGAUAAUUUGUUUUACUGAAUAAAAAUAAAUUUCAACUCAAA